GCAGCAGCAGCAGCAGCAAGCCUCUCUUCGCAGGAACUUCGUCGCGACUCAGCGAGCAAAGCGCGUCGAAAGUCAAAGACCCGGCCACAGGAUUCGACCAGAGGGAUUCACUUCCGUUCGCGACGUCGUACCGGUUGGACUCGCUUUCGUUUGUGGUUGCCAACAAAAACAAAACCGGGCUGUCCCAUCACUUGCCGAAGGUCGUGGUUUUUUUGUUGUUGUUGGUGAAAGUGCCCAGGGAAACUGACGUGUUUAGUCAGCUCGUAUCGGCAGGCGUCAUCCGCUCAGCAGUUUUCUAGUGUUCCAGUCAGGUACAGCCUCGACCUUACCGCGAUGUCUCUGGUUCCGGUUCAGUACCGCACGUGGUGGGACGAUUGGGACCUACCGCUGUACACGCGCGUCCUCGAGAAGUCGGUCACGCAGGAGAUGCUCUCAUCGGACGACUUCUGGCGUACGGCCCCGCUAGCCCCCCUGCGCUGGUCCAGCCUCUACCGGCCCUGGCGCUACUUCAGCCUGCGAGAUGUUGGCGCGAAGGUGGACACCGAUCGGGAUCGCUUCCAGAUCGAGAUCGACGUGCAUCAGUUCCUGCCGCACGAGGUCACGGUUCGCCGCACGGACAAGUACGUCACGAUCGAGGGCAAGCACGAGGAGAAGCGCGACGAGCAGGGUUACGUGGCGCGCCAGUUCUCCCGCCGCUAUCUGGUACCGAUUGGCUAUGACGCGAACUUGAUCGUUUCGGCCCUUUCGUCCGAUGGUAUCCUGACCGUCACGGCUCCAAGGAUCGGUCUGCCGGCGCCGAAAGUUGAAAAGUAUGUCCCCAUCUGGCACACCGGUAAACCGGCCAUCGAGGAUAAGAAGGGCUCGCGGCGCUGCUUGACGUACUACAAGUAACCAAGACCCAGGCAAAUUGGCGCCUCUUCCGGAGGACACGCGAAAACGAAAUACGCUCCGAAAAAAGAAGAAAAAAAAGCACCUCACCCUCUCGAUGCACGGAUGUCUUCGAGCACCCUCGUUUAGCCGCACGUUAGUUGCAAUGUUGUUAAGUUCUCGAAUCUCGAAUCUGCCGUCGCCGCCAGCUGCAGCAGCACGUGUGCACUCGCGAACGAAUUACGUGCACAAAAUCAUUGUUUCGCCCAACUAGCCUAAAACGCACAUGCAAAAGCGACAACAACAAGAAAACCCCGUCUCAUUCAAAUCGAUCCCCGAAAACGUCGAGAUACCCGAGCGAAAGUCUCGUGUACCCCAUCCGUUUAGUAGAAAUACCAACUAAAGAUGUGAUUCAUUAGCGAAAACGGUUUCUAUCGUCGUUGUUUUGUCGGGCUGGCCGGGUUGGGUUACCGAAACCACCCUUCACCAGCACCCGACCAGCCCUUUAGUCUAACUGUCCCCACAAGCGAGAAGCCCCUUUCGCCCUAACACACCACAUUCCCUUAACCCCCCCUCGACGUGUAGCAUCCAUUUUGGUUCGAUUGUGUGUAUGUUUGUCUAAGGCACGCCCGAUCGAUUGUGCGGCGAUUUUCCCGAUUGGCAUCGCGCUCCCGUACUACUAGUCUAGUUUUUUUUUCUAGCAGAGUUCUUGCGAAUAACAUCAUCCCCCCCGAAGGAAAAAAAUGAACUAAUUCCAAUAAAAAAAAACAUACGUAUUGAGUCUAAUUCCGAAACGCACCUCAACAUUUGUCUGAUUAUUGAGUCUCCGAUUGUUCCGAAAUUGAAGGGCCGUUUUGUACUGCUGCCAGUGGAAAUUUCGCGGAGUCCCGGGUUUAUAUUUAUAGGGUGUACGGGGCGGGCGUUGAG